GAAAGUGUCGUUUUACAGGAAGCGUUGUCCUCCUUAUAAAGGAGCUCCUUUUAUAGCUUCUUCAGGGUUUCUUCAUUUCUACUGCAUUAACUGCUGAACCUUUAAUCAUUAAGCUUCUUCAUAAUUAUUGCUACAACAUGAUAAAAGUGUUAUGACUAAAACUCCUACAGCUCACAACAGGGCCUGUUAUCAAAUUUCUUACUUUCAGUUCUAGCUUUGGACAUCAAAAUGCGUUUUAGCUGUUUAUCUCGGGUUUGAGGUCAGACACACUGAAGGUAGCAACAAGGCUUACUAGUGCUAUAAACUACAGAGCUGUGCUCUAGAGGAUUUUAGUUAAAGGUUCCUUUGUUCCUGGGUGAUGAGUGAGUGCACAGAGCUCCAGUAGGUGGCGCUGUGAGCGUCUAGAUGUCCCACAUUCCCAGAACUAGAAGAAGACGUGCUGCAGUGUUGCUGAUUGAUGAGCUGAGCUCUCCGACUCUACUAAUCAUCUUUCCAUUCAGAUAUUUCUCCCAGGGUUUUACCUCCACACUUCCAUCUGCUCAAGCUCAAGGUUGCCAGCAUGAACAGGGCGAUGGAAAUCUGCUUUCGGGUCGGAAUCGGAGGUCAGUGGCAACCUGCGUAACUUCUGGACCAAUUAAUUGGCAUAGCAUCUCAAACGUGGGCCGUGACGUUCUAAAAUAUUGCAGCCAGAGACUUUCUCUGAAGUGUCUCUCCACCACUACCUCCCAGAAUGCCCUACUGCGUGGUCUCUCCCAGACCCAGGGGCUUCAUCACAUAAGGGCAGUUUGAUAUUUCGUACAAUUGCAAUUGUAUGUGAAUGAAUAAUGACAGUAAGCUGGCCAAUCUCAUUUAAUUCUCUCAAUACUCUCUCUGUUUUACAAAGAUUUGAGGGCAUGCAGGACGCAAAAGGUACACAAUUUGCGAUAUACACAAAAUUACAUACAGAAACGGCUCAAGGGCAGGUUUCUUUUGCGAUACACCAAAACUUAUGCCAUUUUUUUUUUUAAAGAUGAUGUCAUCAUGCACACCAUUUUAUCGGUAAAAUGGGAAUUGGAUGGAAACAGGAGACAGACGUCCAACAGAAAGAGAGCGGCUGGUGGCUGAAGACUUUACAACGAAAACACUGAGCAGCGACUACGUCAGAUAAGUCGGUCCUGAGGUCCAGAUUUGCUCCAGGGCUCAGGGCCUUGUUGAUAUCCCUGGACAACUCUCACAUCUCACCAUCAGGGUAUGCUUCUCGCCUCACAUUGCUAAACUGCAGGUUCCUCCUCUACAAAUUCAGGAAGAUCCAGCUAUUUCCAUCAGAGGCCACUCAGGUGCUUGUUCAGCCCCUUGUCAUUUCACUGACGGUGGCGAUAUCCUUCCAGAACGCACCAGUUGUUUUCAGACAGGAAAGAUACAAGUGGUCUUCUCCUGCUGUCUUUUUUCCCCCCAUCUGUCUUCUUCUUAUAAAUUUACGUCUGCAAGAACCUCAAGAUCAAAAUAAGAUGAAAGUAAACGAGAUUAAAUGUGAGAAUCUGGAACCGACAGAGAGCUGCAGUAGUCUCCAAACACACAGACAAGUGCAAAAAGAGAUUCACCAGUGCUCACAGUGUGGAAGGAGUUUCAGUCAAAAGUGCAAUCUCAAACAACACCAGCAUAUUCACACAGGAGAGAAGCCGUAUCCGUGUUCACACUGUGGCAAGAGAUUCAGUCUAAAGAGUACUCUCAAACAGCACCAGCGAACUCACACAGGAGAGAAGCCGUAUCAGUGCUCACAGUGCGGGAAGAGUUUUACGCAGACGACUCAUCUCCAGCAGCACCUGCGCAUUCACACUGGAGAUAAACCGUAUCGCUGCGUGGAGUGUGGGAAGAGUUUUAGUCGAGUGGGAACUCUCCACGUCCACCAGCGCCUUCACACUGGAGAGAGGCCGUAUUACUGCUCACAGUGCGGGAAGAGUUUUAGCGAGAGAGGCACUCUCGUACAACACCUACGAAUUCACACAGGAGAGAAGCCCUAUCACUGCUCGCAGUGUGGGAAGAGUUUCGUUGGAAAGAGUAAUCUCAAACAACAUCAGCGUAUUCACUCGGGAGAGAAGCCGUAUCCGUGCUCAUACUGUGGGAAGAGUUUUACACAAAGGGGUAAUCUCCGGAAGCACCUUCACAUUCACACUGGAGAAAAACCGUAUCGGUGCUUAGAGUGUGGAAAGAGUUUUACACAAGGAACCGAUCUCCAGCUACACCAACACAUUCACACCGGGGAGAAGCCCUACUACUGUUCAGCAUGCGGAAAGAGUUUUACCAGUUACAGUAAUUUCCAGCAGCACCAGCGCAUUCACACAGGAGAGAAGCCGUAUCAGUGCUCACACUGCGAGAAGAGUUUCAGGACACACAGAAAUUUGCGGCGACACACACACGUUCACACAGCUCAGAAUGACGAUGUUAACUAGUUCUAUUCUCAGUACUUACUUUGGGUCAAACUUUAUAUCUCCUGGUGGUAAAUUUUAUAUACUCCCUGAUUCUGAUUACUCGGAGGGUUCGUUGUUAUAAAGCUAUUAAUUUUAUACAGUGUGGAAAAUAACAGUGUGCUAUUCCAAAACAUUUCAAAUUCACCCAGUUAAUGAUUUUAGUAUUAUAUUCUUAAUGCAUGCCUACACUGAAUGUUAUGUUCUGAAUUUUAGUUGUCUGAAUUCUAAAACUGAAUGGUCAAAUCGUUAGUAUAUAAUUGCUAUAAAUGUGGAUAGCCAUAAAUGAAAAGAAAUUGGAUAAUUUAUUAAUUAAAAACUGAUUUUUUUUACCAUACAUGUGAAUAUUUGUUAGGAACACGUUGGUGAAUACGACGUUCCUGCGCCACGACAGAAAGAUCAAUGAAAUAAAACAACUGUUAUAACACGGUAGUAAUUUUUUAAAAGAAAAAAUAAAACAGAUGUCUGUGGUUUUCCCUGAAAUGAAAUUUUCCUAAAUAUGUUUUUUUUUUUUUUUUUUUUUUAUCAGUUACCUCAUUAUGGAAAAGGACCUAAAUCACUCCUUUAAACCUAACAGGGAGUUAAAAUGCUGUGUUUUCACCUUAUGGUCUUUUCCAUCACUGCUGGAUAUUUCACUCUGUUAUGAGAUCGAUGAGGUAAUGUGUAUUUCUGGCCUCAGCGCUGUAAAUAGUGAGCUAUUAAAACUAAUACCUCCUGUAGGCACCUGCUCAGAUGGCUCAAGAUGGUGGUCCAGGCCUUGGUCAUGAUGUCCUUAUGAAAACUUGAAAAGGCUUUAUCAUCUAUUCUUUUUUUUCUUGAAGCUUAUCUCCUUGGUUCUGUAAAAUAACACUGUUUUAUAAUUACUACAGUCACGGACUAUUGACUAUUGCUAUUGAAAUUGAUUUCUGACAUGUUGGAUUCCUCUUGUGGAGACACUCGGGUUAAAGGAACGCUUAUAAAUCACAUAUAAUACUGAAUUUCCUCUAAAUAUUGAUGCACACAAUACACUGGACAAUGCUGUAUCCACUAAUACGGAGGUGAAGGCAAUGUGGUAGCAUGUGACCAUCUUCUGAAGAUUUUUACAUGUGAGAUAUUUAAUUUAGAUUUGGUUUUCCUUUGUUACCUGGUUGAUGAGUGAGUGCACGGUGUUCCAGUGGGUGGUGCUGUGAGAGUCGAGCUCAUGUUCCUCCACACAUCCACAGAAAUAGAAGAAGACGUGCUGUAUUUUGCUGAUUGUCAUUAAAAUAUUUCUGACAGGGUUUUACCUCCACACUUCCAUCUGAUCCAUUGUGGGUGUAUUUGAGGUGGUUAACUGUUUCUGCUGUAAAGCUCAAGGUAAGUUCAACUCAACAAGCUAACAAUCCUAAAUGGCUUUCUACUUCCUAUGCUAGUGCACUACACAGGCUAGAAAAUAGUGAUAGUGCUGUUUACACACUCUGUAGUGCACUAUAUAUCCAAUCUGGUUUACUGUUCUGACUUCAGUUUUGCAGCAUUCCUUACCUUGUUAAGGAGUAAUUAAGGAAAAGGAAAAAAAAGAUUGUGAACACUUCACCAUCACAACCAUAUGUGGUUCUUCUCCAAACUCUGUAUUCUGUAGCAUUACAGUUUCCCUUCACUGGAACUAAGAGGUCUGAACCUGUUCCAGCAUGACAGUGAGGUCCAUGAAGACAUGGUUUGCCAAUGGUUUGCCUUUCAUACAUUUAAUAAGCAGCUCAAAGUGCUUUACAGGCCAAAGUAAAAAAAAAAAAAAUAGUGAAACAAGAUUAAAGUAAAAAAGAUUUAAUGGUAAAAAGGCAAAUAAUAAUAAAUAAGAACAGUGAGUCACUACAUACUUUGAAAGUGAGCUUCUAUCUGCACGUGGCUUUGGUAAAAGACCUUGUGUUUUGUCUGAUUUGAGUAGGAGGAAGUUUAGAAUCCAAUGUCUAAUGUCCUAUACACUUUUCUCAACUUCAUUAAGCUGGGAAGUCACUGAAUGAUGAUGAGAAUGAUGAAUGAUGGGAAGUCACUAUGAACAUUUACAAACUAAUAAUGGUCAGUCUGAUAAGCACUGAUUCAGGUUGUUCUCUUAACACCAACAAAAUAUUCUAGUCUGUCUAGAAGAGCAUUGUGACUUAUAAUCUCAAAUGUCUUCCAAACAGAGAAACGUAAUGUUAAUAUGAGGCCAGUAGUACGUCGUUUGCUUCUCUAACCAGCGCUGUCUCAGUAUUGUGAAUAAAGUAUUGUGAAUAAACCCUGAUUGAACAUUUGAUGUUUGUGAUUCCUGUAUGAGCUUAGCUGCUCAGUUCUAACCUUUUAUAGGAUCCCCAUUCUUAACAUAAGUGAGUGGGCGGGGUUUUAAUUGGCCUAAAAUUUUACAAAAUCACAGAGGUCAAGAUUAUGGGUCUUGGCCUAUUCAGGCCUUUUUUUAUUUAACCUGAAGUGCAGCAACUGUGAUUUAUUAAUUUGGCAGAUGCUUCUGACUUACCAGCAAAGCGGAAUGUAAUCCACAUAACUUCUUCAAGUUGGACUUUUCCUGGAACAGCAUUCAUUCAUUCAUCAGCACC